UUACUCGUCCCAUUCUCACAACAUGGUGUUCAAGGUAUUUGCUCUGGCAGCCCUUGUGGUCGUCGCCAUCGCCCGUCCAGAUAGCCCGCCUACAUAUGGAUACGCUCCUCCCACACCUGCUUAUGCACCAGCCAAGUAUGACUUCAACUACGCCGUCAACGACCCACCAUCAGGCAACGACUUCGGACAUGAGGAAGCCCGUGAUGGAGACAACACUCAGGGAUCUUACUACGUGCUUCUUCCCGACGGCCGCCUACAGAGGGUCACUUACACCGUCAAUGGUGACUCCGGAUACGUGGCUGAUGUUACCUACGAGGGUGAAGCCCAGUACCCACAAGCCACUUAUGGGCCUCCUCAACCCUCCUACAAACCACCCACCCCUUCCUAUGCUUAAAUUUAUUAAUUGAAAUAUUUAUUAAUCACUGUGUAAAGUAAAGACUAGAUCACUGA